CUAACUUCAACCUCUCUAUUCUCCAUUGCACUAUCCUCUCACAUAUCCAUCAUCAUGGCCCACAAGUCGCAUCGUCAAAAGGCCCUCGCCGCCCAGCUGGAGGCACGCCCAGAAAUCUCCCUCGUCAAGCCCAAGGUCCCAAAGAAGAAGCCUGUCUCCGAUGGCAUGGAGGUCGACUCGGACGACGAGGGAGUUGUCGUCGGUUCCGCUCUCGCCUCUGCCUCCGGAGAGGCCUCCUCAUCUGGCUUUGCUCCCCUUUCUGCCAAGGAGCAGUCGAGCGUGCUCAAGAACGAGUUCCGCCGCGUUCCCAUUCCGCCCCACCGCAUGACUCCCCUUAAGCGUGAAUGGGUCAACAUUUACACCCCCCUUGUUGAGAUGCUCGGUCUCCAGGUCCGCAUGAACGUUAUGCGUCGCGCUGUCGAGCUGAGGAGCUCGGGGCAUACCAUUGACACCGGCGCCAUCCAGAAGGGUGCCGACUUCGUCAAGGCCUUCGCUCUUGGCUUUGACGUCAACGAUGCCAUUGCUCUCCUCCGUCUCGACGAUCUCUACAUCGACUCGUUCGAGGUCAAGGACGUCAAGACAUUGCACGGUGACCACCUUGCCCGUGCCAUCGGCCGUAUUGCGGGUGAAGGUGGCAAGGUCAAGUUCACCAUCGAAAAUGCCAGCAGGACGCGUAUCGUGCUCGCCGACACCCACAUUCACAUCCUCGGCUCCGUGCAGAACAUUAAGAUUGCGCGCGACGCGGUUGUCUCGCUCAUUCUUGGCUCCCCACCUGGCAAGGUGUAUGCUCACUUGAAGACGGUCGGCGCGCGGAUGAAGCAGCGGUUCUAGGUGUUGGGAUUGGGCUCGAUAGAUCAGGCUUCGUUUACUAUGUUGUUCAUGCUAUACCCGUCUUACAGGCCGUAAAGGCUCGAGAG